UCUGUAAGUUGAAGUCAUGAACCAAUGGUGAAAGUCAAUGAAGUUGGUCCUUUUUUUUUUUAUUCUGUGUGAUUAUCAAAACGUGUGCCUCUGGGAACAAAUUGAACUUUUGACUUUCUUUUUUUUCUCCCGAAAAAUAUCGACAUCCCCACCGAGCCAUUCUUGAAUGUAUGUCGGAGACAGGAGAACCAUCACAGCCAAAGCUUAAGCACUCAUCAUUGUUGGCCGUACUGGACAAUGCCUUUGUUGUUCCAAAUGAAGGCAGUAUGGCAAGAGAUCAGUGCGCCAAUGAGCGAACUUAUCUCAGUUGGUUGAAGUUGUCAUGCACCAUCAUUGUACUAGGCUUCACCAUCAUCAUAAACUUACGUUUACCAAAUGGAGAGACUCAACCCAGUAUUGAUCCACGUUAUACCCGGCCAAUUGGCAUCACAUUUGUGGCUAUAGGCCUGUUGUCUUUCAUACUCGGUCUGGUCAAGUAUUUCAGAAAUGUCAGACUUUUGAUUCUGCAUCGAACGUUAGUGCAAGCUGGCUGGUUUAGUUUCUUAUUAAUGGCCAUUGUCAGCCUAUUUGCCUGUACCAUUAUGCUUAUUGUCGUCAGCAGCGACGCACUCUAGAUUAUAUCCUUUCAAUACAGUUCUUACUUAUGUCAUUGUUAAAAA